AUGCGAAACCCCAUCCCCGGCCCCCGAUUCCCCCUUAUAACCCGCCUCCAAGCAAUCUACCACGACCUCCGCGGCAACGGCGCUCAACACCUCGACAAGCUCCACCAGAAGUACGGGCCGAUCGUCCAAACCGGCCCAAAACGGCUAUCCGUGGGCGAUGCAUCCGGCCUACGGGAUGUCUACCUCCUGCCCCGCCGACUCGAUCGACCGGCCCCGCUGUCGGUGCUCCACAAUUACGGCUCCGAGAACCUGGUCAGCACCGUCGACGGCGAUCUCCACCAGGACCGGCGAGGGCCAUUGAGAAAUGUCUUCGCGGUGGGAGCGAUCGAGUCGGAGAGGGUUCAGGGCGGCAUUGCGAAUGCUGUGAAGCACUUAAUCGAGCGCCUCGAUGCUCAUGCUGGAGCCGAUUCGGAGCCGGUGGAUCUACGGCCGCUUCUCAGGGCGGCUUUGCAAGAUGCUAUGAGCGUUGUCGUGUAUGGUCAUGACAACGCGUUGAGUGUGCAGAAGGAUGAAAAGCAGAGGGUGGCGAUGAAGAUCGACAACGAGUGGCAGCGGACACGCUUUUUCAAUAUGUGGACACUGAUAGACUUCUACCUUCCUGGCCUGGCCCUCCAGUUACAUCGUGCUCGGCUCGCCCCCAAGACGGCUUACGGCUACGUUCCAAAGGACAUAUACAUGAACAAAGUUGGUAGACGGGCCCUGGAACGAUUGCGAGAUCCAAGCUACCGGGAAAACGGGGCCGACACCGACACCAUGAUAUUUCGCCUUGUCAGCAAGUUCCAGUCGGAGGGUCCGUCGGCAGCGUUGCCUUCAGACGAGUACAUACUCAGCGAUUGUCUCGAUCAUUUCUGGGCCGGAGUGAUCACCACAUUAGAUGCCUUGCUACCGACGAUUGAGCAUCUGUCACAGCCCGAGAAUCAGCAGCGCCAGCAGAGACUACGACAAGAGCUGCACAGUGCCAUGGAUGACGACCAUUUAGGGCCUAAAGAGCUGUCAAGAACUUUGAAAGCCCUUCCCUACUUGGACGCAGUCCUCCGCGAGAGUAUUAGGCUUAGGCCACCCAUACCCGUCGCCCUCGAGCGUCGCGUAUCAGCGAGAGAAGGAUCGAUCGUGGUGCAUGGACGGGAGGUGCCCGAAGGGUGGAAUGUGAGUGCGGCGGCAAGCGUACUUCACCAUAGUCAGAACGUCUUCGAGAAGCCGGAGGAAUGGUGCCCUGAAAGAUGGUUGGUUGAGGGCAGCGACGAGUCGGAGAUGCGGAAAGAGAGGGCCAGGGUCAUGAAGAGGCAUUUCUUUGCCUUCGGAAGCGGGUCGAGGAUGUGUAUCGGCGUCAAUGUGGCUUGGAGCAUCAUGAGACAGGUUAUUGCUGCGAUUUACGGGGGCAUGGAGACACGAGUCGACAAGGGCCUCAAGCAGAAGACCAGGCUUGGGCGGGAGUGGAAGGUCAUGGUUAGGCUCAGAAACAUUGGCUCGGGCCGGAAGAGUCAGAUGGAGCAUUGA